CCCCUUGUGAUGGGCGGUAUCGAGCUCAUUUCAUGUCGCGUCGACUGCGCUACUCAUCGUUAUCUUCAGAUUAAGGAGGUACGAUAUUCCAUGUCAGGUUAUUGACGCUUUGCCGAGGAACGUGGCAAACGCUUAUCAAAUCGUCCCACAAAAGAAAAGGUCCACGACAGUCCACGACUGAUCUAUUCGGUCAGGAGAGCCCGCACGCCGUCGAAGACGCCACAUGCCUACCUAACUACUCGCACCCAAACCAAGGAUGGAGAUCAACCUUCGCCUUGCGGAGACUGGAGAGAGCAGUAUGAGAGUAAAGGGCCGGAUAAACCUCGAGCCUGGACUCGGGAUAACUUGCCAACUCUUUCCCCAGAGUCUUUUCCCAUUCCAGUGACCUGCCCACCAGUCGACGUGUAACACGACGAUCGACGACCAGUCCUAUGGAAUUCAUUUUAGGGGAAGUGGGAGCCCGGCAGUCCAGAUAAGCUCGGGAUAGCCUACCCAUGGCCUCGUUCACCUUUGACAAUAUGUGGCAAACCAUAAACCAUCGACAACGGGUAUGAUAAUGGAAGCACGUAUGGCGAUGGAUUGAUAUAACCUGGAUCGGUCUCGUUCUGCACGACAUUGUUUUAUAAAGGCCGACAUUUUCCUGCAUGAGUCACUCUUGAUCAGGAGAUCCCAGAAACUCUGGGUCUGGUCCUCCUUCGAAAUUCGAUACUGCCCGAGACCCUACAAGGACACAUCAUACACCCUUCAAUCAACCGAGGGUGAUUGAGGACCUUCCAGCAAAGCCUGAAGUGACUAGAAGGGGCUUGUCCGCAAUAUGAUCGAGUCCAAAGAAAUAUCUGCUGGGCCGAUUACAGAGAUACCCUCGCAAGAUGAUGAAAAAAUCGGUACUGUCAACCCUGUCGGCGAAACACUCAAUCGGCAUGGAGAGGAUUACGCUGGCAAAUAUCGCCGCUCUUUCCUCUCUCGUCACAUUCAGAUCGUGACUUUGGGUAGCAACAUCGGAUCCGGUCUCUUCAUAUCCACAGGUAAAGCGCUGCGAAACGCCGGGCCUGGAAACAUGAUCAUUGGGUACACAGCCGUUAUGACAAUGGUCAUUGCAACGCUUCAAGCGCUGACCGAGAUGACGGUCGCCUUCCCAGUCUCAGGAAGUUUGAUCGACUAUGCCGACAGAUUCAUUGACCCUGCCCUAGCUUUUGGGAUUGGAUUUGGUGAAUGGUUGGCCUGGACCACCGUCCUUGCUGCCGAAGGUGCAGCGUUCAAUGUCAUCAUACAAUACUGGACCGACGCAGUUCCUGUUGCUGCAUGGAUGACCAUCAUCUUGAUCAUUACGUUCGGCAUUCAUGCUUGCCCCAACCGGGUCUUCGCCGAAGUCCAGUAUGCCACCUCGGUUCUGAAGGUGGUCGUCCUCCUCAUCUUCAUCUUCACGAGUGCUGCCAUGAUUGGAGGUGCUGGUCCGACAGGAAAAGUCCACAAUGGUGAAUACUAUCGUGAGCUUCCACCCUUUCUGCACAACGUCAAGGGUACGUGCCUCUGCGCUAUCUAUGCAAUAUGGGGUGUUGGCGACCAGGUGUAUGUUGGGAUUAUGGGCGGAGAGACCAAGAACCCUCGCUAUAGUAUGCCCAGAGCCGUGAAGAGCGUCGGCAUUCGCGUCUUCUUUUUCUUUAUGCUCAUCGUCGUCUUCAUCACUUUGCUCGUGCCUCUGGACGACCCUCGUCUGCUCGGAGGCUCGGGCAUCAACGCCUCGCCACUUGUCAUCGCCUUGAACGACGCCGGAAUCAACGUCAUUCCCCAGAUCCUCAACGCAUCCUUCCUUGUCAUCUCCGCCACUGGUGGUCUGGAACCACUGUACAUAGCUUCACGUGUCAUGCGCCACAUGGCUCUGUCCGGGAUGUUGCCCAAGAAGCUCGCACAGGUCGACAGCAAGGGUCGUCCGACGUGGUCCCUCUUCAUCACGGCCUUGUUCACCAUUACCUUUACAUAUAUCAAUUGCUCCAACACAGGUUCUGUUGUUUUCUCCUGGUUCUCCAGCGUCGCGUCGACCAUCUUCAUGAUCGCCUGGGUCAUCCUGGCAAUCUGCAGCAUCCGGUUCCACGCGGCCAUCCGCGCACAAAAGAGCACCAUCCUCGAAGGCAAAUACGCAUACCGGGCUCGCUUCUGGCCCGUUGGACCCAUCUUCUUGGGUGUUGGCGCGUUUUUGGUCCUGGUCGGUCUGUUCGCGGACGCUUUGUACCCUGUUGGUGGCACACCCUUGAGUGCGUACGACUUCUUCGAGACGUAUCUCGGCGUGCCGCUCGUACUGGCGGCUAUGAUCGGGUACAAGGUCAUUUUCCGUACCAAGAUCCGUCGCUCGAGAGAGAUCGACUUGGUCACGGGACACCAGCCUUUGACUGAGGAGCAGGAGAAGUUCUUGGACCAUUACUAUACUUUGCCGCUGUGGAGGAGAGUGUGGAGUUAUAUUUCGACCAGUGAUUGAUUGGUGGCUGCAUUGUGCAGAAGUAAGCCGGUAGGUAGCAGUGGCAUUAGUGAAACUUGGAGUUCAGGUUCGGGUUGACAUCGAGAAGGUCUUUGGAGUCGAAUACACCGUCGUCUAAGAUCCUGGAGGAAGUACAGUGGUAUAGGCAUAUUGGACCAGUGCGAUUAUAUUUUCUGGAAACAUGAGUCAAUGCCUAUCCGAUUUCGAAUCUAG